GUCGGUGGUUCUGUGUAGUUUUCUUCUUCUACGAGCAGAAAACUAUCGAAUUUCUGUUGGGUUUCCGAUUCUGUGUAAGCGGAAGGUACAAUGAGCACGGAGACACCCCCGACCGUUCGUCCGAAGUUGGUGACAUUGAAUAAGGCAUUUCAAUUAGCUGAGUCAUGGGUUAAUGACAUGAGUGGAUCGACAGUGGAUGAUUCAACUGAAGAAUUUGAGGGCCGGCCCUCGAGGCUAGGACUUGGGGCAAAAGUAAUACAUCAGACAAAAUCUAGAGCUUUAACUGAUCCUAUAGAAAGGAAAUUGCGUGCCAAGUUGGAUGCUGGAAAAAGAAAAGCUGCCAAAAACAUAGAAGAAUCCAAUCCAUCAGAGAAAAAUGAUAAACUCGGUGAAGAUGAUAGCGAUGAUGAAGAUUCAGAGAGCAGAACCAAUGCCUUUCUAAAGAAGAGAUCGAUCCUCCCAGCCUCCUCUUUGCAUGCAAAAAAGAGACAUAAGUAACAGGCUGUUACUUCCUCAGAUGCUUUUCUAGUUUUCCAUUAUGUUCUCUGGGUUCUUUAGUCUUCUUGGGACAAGUAAUAUUUGCACAAUGGGGUAUUUCUUGUUGGUGUCUCAGCUAUCUUGCUAAGAUAUUUUCUGAAUUUGUGACAG